AUGGACAAUCUCGAUAUCGAAAAGGGCCUUGCCAUCAACACCACCUCUGUCGCCUCCGGGAUGACGGACCUGGCGCCAAUGUCGCCAAACACCAACAAACGAUAUAGUCAACUGGAGACGUUCCAGAUUCUCGUUGGGAACAUCGACAAGCCCAUGUCGCCCAAGCAGGCCCAGGAAGACUUGUAUCACGAGCUCGUCGCCGCCGAACGAAGGUCGAAGAUUGAAUACUACUUCUCGGGCUUCUUGUUCUUUCUCUUCAUCUUCCUCCAGAUCUUCUUCUGCCUCACCAUCACCGUCGGCGCUCAAGAGGGCCUCAGCCGUUCGACAAUCUCCGCGCUGGCUGCCAUCAACACCGGAGUCGCCGCCGUGAUUGGAAUACUGAAAGGACUUGGCCUUCCGGAGAAGAAGGGCGUUGAAAGAACGAAGCUGCAACGAGUCAUCCAGCGCAUCAAAGUCACCACGAAGAAGCUGAAACUGGGGAAUGAGAUGGAUCCUAAUGCCGAGUUUGAGGAUCUCCAGAAAACGUAUUACGAUACCGAGGACGCUGGACAACUUGAUCUCACAACGAUCUCAUCGGGCCCGUCGGGAACUGCCAAGGGCUCGUGA